UCUGGUUUGAACAGUGGCUCAUGCGGAUCGCCGCACGGCCUCGCAAAUCGAACGUCAGCCGACCGUCAGAAGCGAUCCUCGUCGAAAGACGGACAACGAGACCAGGCGAUUUAAUCGUAAGUUUCGUUUUAUCGUCGGCCGUUAUUAUUUUGCGUUUUCCUUCGUCCACCGGUCCCGGAAUCGCUCCGGCCAGUCCGAAGGGUCCGACUCGGCAGAGGGAGCGCUUUAAUAGUUAAACAGCUGUUCCGAGCAGAGCCCUCCUUUAUUUACAUACGUAUUUAUGGGUUUUGUCGAGUUUUAUUCUUAGUCGGACCGUGUCGGUUCUGUAACGAUAUGACGGGGUAGUGGAGAGGUGCUCUGGUCGGAAAACAAAUCGAAACCGGUUGUAAAUAUUUGAUAAAGGUGGUUUGUACGAGGUCGACUCGGUCGGGCCAAUGGCUGUCUCCGUCCUCCAUCUGUACUGCGAUCGGUUAUGUGUCGGUGGCCGUCUCGUUCACGGGAGUCACGUCGCCGAUUUUGACGCCUAUUAACGGGCGAAGCGUGUGUCGGACGGUGCGGAGUGUCGCGAACCCCGGGGAAAGAAGGCGGAAUCCGAAAAUCCGCCGACGAGGGACGAGAGGUCGAUUGACGUUCGGAGGCGACCUUUGAUUCCGUCUCGAGACGAUGCCUCCUCCUCCUCAUCGGAGCAUGAUGGAAAACGAUUUGUACCCAUGUGAGCUCGACGAAAAGUUACCCCCUUCAAACGACGAGGAAGAAAACGACUCCCUGAUAACCUAAUACCGUGUCGCACGGGCGAAAAUGUUGCCGAGCAAAGAACGUUCGAAAAAAGACAGCUCCUCGUACGAAGAAGGAUGCACCCAGAAGAUGAGCGGCGAGGGGAAAACGUCCCUAUUGCCUCCGCGCGUUUUGAAAAUCGACUCGGAAAAUUACAUGCUCAGCGGUUCGAGCUCGUCCCGGCCAAGGUCUUUCAGUUUCACGAACGGCGUCUCGAAACCGCCGGCCUCCAACAGCUAUCAUGAGACGACGGGCAACCACCUCGACUUGGACAUGUUCUGCCUCAGAGAGACGGGCAGCUCCAUCCAACUGCCCGUCAUGACCCUGUGCCCGGUCAUCGCCAAGCCUCCAGCCCCGAGCCAGCCGAUUAUGACACCAACGCCCCUCGCUGCAACUUGUGCGAGGACUCUGUCCUUCCAUUCGCACCUCUGCUCCUGUCAGAUGUCAUGCUGCUGCCUCUGUGAUUCUCUCUGCCCUCCCGACUGCUACGCCUGUGUCCAAGCCGUAUGUGUCAAAUUCACCGGCACCUAUGUCAACUACCACCCUCAGAACGAACUUCUGCCGCCCUACGCGCUCAGGGAAAUGCCCUUAUCUCAAUGGUCAACCACAAAUGUUGUUGAACUGCUGACUAGUCUUAACUUAUACAGAUAUAUUAAUGUUUUCAAGGCAAAAAACAUUAAAGGAGUGGAUUUGAUUAGACUCAACAAAGAUACGUUAGAGACAAUGGGUAUCAAGGACGAAUUUCACCAAGAGGCAAUUUUACUAUGUAUAGAUGAAUUGUCCAAAAAUGAUGGUAAAAAACCAGACAAACUAAGCGAACCUGCAGUAAAGCCCACUGAACAUCCCCCACUUCUUCCUGGAGUUGACUUGGAGAAAUGUGAUAAAUGUGAAAAAUAUCUAAGAACAAUAUCCUAUAGGGAGCAGAUGUACCAGGUAUUCGGUAUGGCAUUGUGUGUGCAAUUCAAACCUACAGAACAGAAAGCACCUGUUGUUGUGAUAAUGUUCACACAAGAAAUAGAACGUUAUGGCCGUAAUGAUCCUACUGCCGAUUUAUAUAAAUUGUAUCGCACUCAAGGUCCUAUUGAUGAAAUAACUCAGUUAUGCGAAGCUGUAAAUGAAGACCUAAGUAGGCUAGAUUUAACGUGUUACAAUAUUUGUACAGUGACAACAAUUUUUAAAAAGUUUUUGCGUGAGUUACCUGAUAGAAUUAUACCUGUCCAAUGGUAUGACCGAUUUCUUGAAGCUUCAAGAAUCAAAAAUGAUGACCAGUGUGCUGCUUGUCUACUGAACCUUGUUGAGGAAUUGCCCAUACAGCAUAAGUCGACUUUGUCCUACAUCCUUGCGCAUCUUUGUAGAAUCUGCAAAUUACAGUACACGAGAGGUUUUCGAGAGUCGCCUACCACUAUUGUUCAAGUGUUUUGCCACAUAUUUUUGCGUCCACCUUGGGAAAGAAUAAUUCAAGUGAUGUACAAUACUGAACAGCAUAUGAGGAUUAUUGAGCUUCUUCUUUUCCAUGGAAAUUGGGGUGAAACAUUGCCUGAUUUCACAACUGUGCCUUCACUACCUCCAAGAAAAGUUUCGACAGCCCCUCCAAUCGAAAGCCCUCCAAUACAACCGAUCACUACUAACAACUCCUUGUCUCUUGAAGAUGCAGAAUGGUAUUGGGGCGACAUUACGCGAAAUGUUGUCAAUGAAAAGCUAAUGGACACACCUGAUGGAACAUUUUUAGUAAGAAAUGCUUCCAGCAAAGGUGGUGAAUAUACGCUUACACUUAGGAAAGGAGGAAGUAACAAAUUAAUUAAAAUAUCCCAUCGGAAUGGAAAAUAUGGUUUUACUGAGCCGUACAAAUUUAAUACUGUAGUCGAUCUGGUGAAUUUCUAUAAAGGAGUUUCGCUUUCUCAGUAUAAUCCAACACUUGAUAUCAAGCUAUUGUAUCCAGUUUCUAAAUACCAGCAGGAUGAGGAAAUAUCCAACAGCCAGGAUAUCAUGAAAGUUGCUACAAAAUUUGUUGAACUCUAUGGAGAAUUUGAAACUAAAAACAAAGCUCACUCUGAAUAUUCGGAAGAUUUUUCUACAACGUCCAAAGAGAUCCAGCUGAAAAAACAGGCAUUGGAAGCGUUCAAAGAAACUGUGGCUAUGUUCGAAGAGCAAAUUAAAAUCCAAGAGAAAUUCCAGAAAAAAGCCGAACCCCAUGAGAUUAAAAGGCACUUUGAACAAAAUGGUGAUAUACUUCGACAGCGUCUUUUUUCACUAGAAGAGAGCAAACUGCAAUUAGAAGAGAACCUAAAACAGCAAGGAGCUUACAACAGAACUUUAGAACGUGAAAUGCACAAUUUAAAAGCUGAAAUUAACGAGUUAAAUAAACAGAUUGACAGACAUAAACAGUGGCUCUUGUCGCAUGGGGUGUCAAAUCAAAACAUACAAAAGUUUUUAAGCGGUGGUGCGGGUAUAGUUUGUGAACAAGAAAAAGAAUGCCCACAUAACGAUGAAAAUACAUGGCUGCUUAAGGAGUGUUCGAGAAACAAAGCGGAACAACUUUUGUCAGGUUGUAAGGAUGGAACAUUUUUAGUUAGACCUAGUCGAACUGGACAGUAUGCUUUAUCUAUUACAUGUAAUGGAAUUGUGAAUCACUGCAUCAUAUACGAGACAGAAAGGGGAUAUGGAUUUGCAGAACCGUACAAUAUAUACGUAUCGCUCAAAGCACUAGUUCUACAUUACCAGCAGAAUUCACUUGAGGAACACAAUGAUUCACUAAAUACUACACUUGCAUAUCCAGUGUUCACGGAAAAUUCUAAAAUGGAGGAACAAAAUCAAUCAAAUAGGGGCUACAGCAGUGUAAAUUGAAAUAUGCAUAUGUAUAUUUAUUUGUUGAUUAAUUAUAAAAAAUUCAAA